AUGGAGUUUUUAAUACUUCCUGAAAUUCAAAUGUUUAGUUUUAUAUAAAAUAUGUACGUAUAUUUUAAAUAUGAAGAUUAAAUAAUAUUGUUGCUUUCAUGUAAUACAUUCUUGAGUAGUGUAUUAAUCAAAUAAAAUUACAUAUCUUAAUUUGUCAUGUGUGUAUUUUUAUUCAUGAUUAAGUUUGGUAUUCUUAUACAUUCCCUUUAUGUCAUGUAUGGAUGUGAACGUCUCUCCUUUUCUUGAUAUUUAAAUUUCAUUUAAAUUGAUUUUUAACUAAUAGAUUAAUUAGAAAACAAUAUAAAAAUUUAUAUUGGCAAUAGGAAUAAAUUUACUGUAUCUACUAUAGAGAGCAAUAACAUAAUUGUAUACGUAUGUGAAUGCAGUACUGUUUGCAGGUUAUGUUUAUCUUACAGUUUUUGAUAUAUGUGUUUGUAUAUUAUUUAUCUUUUUUUUUUUUUAAGAAUGGAAUCUCGGACAGAAUUUAAAAUAAAGUCUCCUCCAACUGACGCGGUUUCGGCAGUGGAGUUUGGACCCAAUUCAACACAGUUUCUCCUUGUUUCUUCUUGGGAUAGUACAGUGCGGUUGUAUGAUAUUCAUGCAAAUACUAUGAGAUUAAAAUAUAAUCAUGAUUUGCCAGUUUUAGAUGUUGCAUUUCAGAAUCAAUUAUGGGAACACAUGAUAAACCAAUCAGAAAAAUUGAAUAUUGUGCUGCAGUAAAUGCAAUAUUAACUGGUGGAUGGGAUGCAGCAGUAAAGUUGUGGGAUCCUAGAACACCCACUUGUGUAGGUAGUUAUUUACAACCUGAUGUUGUUCUUGCUUUAUCUGUAUGUGGAGAUAAGUUUGUAGUAGGUACUGCUAAACGCAAAGUUUGUAUUUGGGAUUUGAGAAAUAUGGCUGGUAUGUUUCAAAGACGAGAAAGUAGUUUGAAAUAUCAAACGCGUUGUAUUAAAGGUUUUCCUAAUGAACAGGGAUAUGUUCUUAGUAGUAUAGAGGGCCGUGUUGCUGUUGAAUAUUUGGAUACAACGCCAGAAGCACAGAAAAAGAAAUAUGCUUUCAAAUGCCAUAGGAUAAAAGAAAAUAAUGUGGAACAUAUAUAUCCAGUGAAUGCUAUUAGUUUUCAUUCAACUUAUAAUACAUUUGCAACUGGUGGUUCAGAUGGUUAUGUGAAUAUUUGGGAUGGUUUUAACAAAAAACGUUUAUGCCAAUUCCAUAGAUAUAAUGCUGGUGUUGCUGCACUUAGUUUUAGCCAUGAUGGUUCUGUACUUGCUAUAGGAGUAUCAUAUUUGAACGAAGCUGAAAUCCCACCAGGUGGAAAUGAUGAGAGAGAAAUUUAUAUAAGAUAUGUGAAUGAUCAAGAAACGAAACCAAAAUAAUAUCGUAUUACUGUACAAAGUUUUUUACAGAAAAAAAUAGAUUAAAAAUUUUUUUAAUUAUCUCCUGCUUUAUUAAAGCAGUACAAACUAAAUGAUAAAGCCUUUUCACAAAAAUUAAUAACCAUUUGUAUAUAAUAACAGUGUUCUAUUUUACAUUUUUAUAUCUUAAAUAAUUGAUUGAUAAUUAUAAACAAUUUUUAUAAACGAGAUAGUAUGUGUUCGGAAUUAUUAGACUAGUCAAUUUUAAUAAAAUAUUUUUUGUAGAGUCUAUUUCUUUUAUUUGAAAUAAUAAUAGAUUUAUUCAACAGUAAAUAUUUGUGAAUUUUGUUCUAUUAUGAUUAUUUUUCAUUAUUUUUUUCUUAAUAAUUAUUAUAAAAUUAGAAAAAUAUGUUUUUGCUUUUUAUUUUAUUUUUAAAUAAGUGUGUAUUCAAUCCUUUUGCUAUCGUGGACGACUUCAUAAUAUCACUCCUAUAAUUCCACUUCGUUUGUGGCAUUGCAAAACUGAGUUGGCGAUAUCUUGUCCAUGAUAUCAGAAGGAUUAGUACUACGAACAUAAUUUAUAUAAUAAUCUAUUAAAUAUUUGAACAAAAUAUUGUUUUAUUCAAUAUUGUUUUAUUCAAUAUUGUUAUAUUUGAAUAAAAAUUAUAUAUUGUAGUAUAUUGAUAUUUAUAUAUUACGAAAAUAUAAAAUAAAUACAUUUAUUUAAAAAUAACAAAAAAUCUAAUAAUAAUCUACUUAAAAAAACAUUAAGUUAAAAUUAAACAAUGAUCUUUUAUAAUAUACAAUAUACUUCAAGUUAUAUAUAGUAUCAAAAUAAAUUGGAAUAUUAUUAAUAAUAGAAUUCCAUAUAAUUAUAGAAUAAUUACAAAUCAUAUUAUAAAGAAAAUUAGGUACAAAUAAUUUUUGUAACAAUUUGCUUCUUUAUAAAUAAUUGUGCUAUUUAUUUAUAUUUUACAUUAUAUUUAUGAAGUUAUUGUCAAAACUCAGUUGCUAUUAAAAAAAUGUUAGUAUACAAUACAAGUGUAGUAGUUAAUAAUAAAAAACAAUUACUGUUUCUUUACUAGAUUAACAAUUAGAGAUAUUAUACAUAUUUGUAAUAUUUGUAAUGUAAAAGAAUGUAGAUGUGUGUUGUAUUAUUUGUUAAUUAAAGUUAUUUGUAUAAUCAUUGAAAGUGAAAAAAAAUAUAGAUUAAAAAACAGAAACUUCUUAAGGCAGUUGCAUUGACAUAAUUUAUAUUAUGCAAAAUACUCACAUUCCUAAUAAAUUAAACGUUAAUAUUUGCACAAUAUAUGUUUUCAGUUUUUUGAGAUUUCUGAUAUAUAUCUAUAUAACAUGCAGUAGUUAAAUAGUUUUUAUAAUACUUUAAUUAACAAUAUGUACAUUAACAAUUUAUACUAGCAUUUUUUGUUUUCUGAAAUAUGUUAAUGAUGUUAAUUCUCUUCAAUCAUAAACUUUAUAUAUAUUCAUAGGAUAUUUGACAGAUUUCUGUACAAACUUUGCUACUACAUAA